AUGACGCCAUGGCGCUGUCCCAACCGACUGGUUCCUGGCCUGGGGCAGGGGAAACAAUGUGCUCCGUCGACGUCAUUCCGCUGGCGCGUUAGAGCGGAACAGAAGAUUGCCCACAUUAAGCGAGCGGGCACCCAAGACCACUCAGACCACUUCCACUUCAGACGCAGGCUACUAUACGGAACACACUGGAGUUCUCUAAUUUUGGUGAGAGGAACAUUCAAUAUUGAGCCACCAAUGCACACUACCCCUGAAGACUGGAUGUAUGUACGUAUGCCCCAUGUCCCCUCCGUGUACUCCUACACCGGCGAGGAACAACAAGCGCAGAUCUCGGAUAUCACACAGCAGGCGAACGGUCCAGAACCGCUUAGCGCCGCACUGGCGAAGGGACACUAA